AUGCAGAAUCAGGCGAUUAUUGACGACGACGAUGAUGAUCUCUAUGAUCCUGCAGACGCAGUGCCGGUAGCUGCAUCUCAGAAUACUGCCCAUCACGCCCAAGCGAACGUCAACCAAGAGCCAGAUGACGUCGAGGAGGAAGAGAUAGAGGUUGAAGAAGAUGAUGAUGACUUUAAUAUUAUCACGGAAGCACCUCCUGAUGCGCCUCCCCCAGAAGUCCCACAUCCCCGUCAUGCUAGUCUACGAGCUGAGUCGCAGCGACCUCCAUCUGUAGAUUCCUCUCCCGUAUCGAAGUCAGCUACGCCUUCUGUGACACCGAAAGUUGAACAUGCAACUCCGGUUCCAGUUACCGCACGACCCGCCGUACCGCAGAAACCAGGUUCUGCAUACCCUCCUAUCCACGCUUCAGAUAUCGACAUUCAUGCAAACCCAACUCAUCCAGCUACUGGUAAACCGAUUUUGUCAACUGAUAUGGAUGCGGACUUCCCAGAAGAUGAUAAGCCAUGGAGACGGCCGGGCUCUGACAUCUCGGACUACUUCAACUACGGAUUCGAUGAAUUUACAUGGGCAAGCUACGUUUUGAAACAGCAAGAGUUACGGAAGGAGGUCGGUGAUCAGAAGAGACAAUUGGAUGAUAUGCAGAGUUUCUUGACCAUGGGGCUUCCGCCGAUGCCCGGUGGUCCUCAACCUGGACCCGGAGGUCCCGGUGGUGCACCGCCGCCGAUGCCUGGCAUGCCGGGUAUGCCAGACAUGUCUCCAGAUAUGAUGCAGGGAAUGCUAGCCAGUAUGAUGGCGCAGGGCUUGGAUCCGUCAUCUAUGGAUCCAAUGUCUUUCAUGCAACACGCCCAGGCAAUGAUGGGAGGCCAAUCCGGCGCAGGCGGCGGACAACAAGGCCAGCCCGGUUAUGGUAACCAAGGCGGUGGCCAACCUCAGAUGGGCUAUGGAGGUGGAUUUGGUGGUGGACGGGGACGGGGCCGGAGAUGGUAAAAAAGCUACUGAUUCAUGUUAUGGUCACGUUGUAAUUUUUAUAAUGCGCUGUGUAGCAUCCUGGGACGGUUCGGUCUGGUGGAGUUCAAUGUGUAACACUCAAAGAUACGCCAAUAGUUAUACCACGGCAUUCUUGAGCUUGUGUCUUUUGCGUUCAUCUAGGUUAUUAUGCUCGGGGGAAAGGAGCUCUUAUUUGACGACAUCCCGCAACAAGCAAUAGAAUAGUUACAUGUCGAGAAGGAAAGAGCCUUCUAAACAGAUCUCUGCGAUUUCUAUAGCGAAUGCGACCGCAUCUGACGGCAAUUGAGUUAAA